UGGUGGCUGGUCGUCAUCUUGCUCGCUCGCUGGUUCGGGGAUUUUGUCGACCUGAUGGGGCUCGGAAGUUUCACCCUCUGGUUCCUCCUGAUAGCCUCGCUUGCAGAGUUUGCGGGGUCGAACACGCCGGUCUGGAUCAUCUCUGUAGCCAUCUGGUUCAGCAUCUGCCACGCACGGUGCUUCCUCACCGACCUCGCCCUCAGUCGGAUCGUCGGCGUCAGCGGCAGUAUGGCCCUGGAGGGCACCCCGCCUUGGCUGGCGCUCCCGACGGCAGAGACGAAUGGCGCUCCCCCACACAAGAAAGGGCGCAGCGACGACGACAGGGGCAGCGGCGGCACCAAGGGCUUGAAGGAGACAGUGAAGAUGGUGGGGCGCCUCGUAUUAGCGGAUUCACGCGAGAUCCAAGAGCUGGCCGCCGUCGUGUUCAAAAAGUUCGAGGCGAAGAAGGGCGGCCUGUCCGAGCAGCAAGAGGCGACGGGCAAGGCGUACGACGCGCAGUCCAUCGCCCUGCGCGAGAAGGCCAAAAACGGGGAGCAGGUCGACUACGAGAGCAGGGGGCCGCCGCACGUGGCGAUCUUCGCAGCGUCGGUGAAGUGGUGGGGCACGCAGGGCAACCUUACCAAGCAGGAGCUGACCGAUGGCUUUGCGAGCCUGUGGAAGGACGUGAUCAUGCGCUUCACUCCCCAGCAGGUGGCGGCCCCGGUACCAUACUUCCGUUGGAAGCCACACAGGGGCAAGCCGAGCAAGGGCAAGGGCAAGAGCAGCAGCGACGACAUGCAGGAGGACACGAAGGGCACCGACAAGGGGAUUAUCAUGUACGCAGUGGAGCUCUCUCACGCGAACGGCCCGAAGCUGUCGAUGCUGCUGGCCGAAGCCAUGGCAGACAUGAAGGCGAUCCACAAGCCAGGUGCAGCCCCUCCAGGCCCGCUGCACCGCCAGCUCUCGAGGAUGAUCAACGAGAUCUGA